UUGGUCAGACGCAGCGUCUGUCCCUCCGUGGACCCUCCCACUAGCAGAAGAGUGACACGCCAUUCAAUUGCAGCCUGGCCCUUUGCUUCUAGCAAAGCUGAAAGGAGCUUGAAGCGUUUCCCGCACGGAGACACCGUAAUACAUUGAGAAAGAAACCGAUUGUAGCGGAGCGUCGUACAGCCGAAGUUGGCUCGAACCGUGUCGACAUGGGGAUCCGAAAAAAGACCAACAAGAACCCACCGGUGCUGAGCCAUGAGUUUGUCAUCCAGAACCAUGCAGAUAUUGUUUCCUGUGUUGCUAUGGUGUUCCUGCUCGGACUCAUUUUUGAGGUGAGUCCCGUCCACAUGUUGAGUGGUUUUAAGCUGCGGAUCACUCGGGGAUGCUCGCCCGGUGCUGAGGGCGGACUCCUGGCAGAGAGGAUGCCGAACAACUCUCCAUCUGUUCGGCUGGAAACUGACAUGGCUGUCUGAUCUCUAUUCUCCACUCUACUUCCUCUCGUGAUCGAAAGUUUUCUACUCACAGUGGACCCACUUUUGCUUUAAAUCCACCAGAUUAUCGACUACAUUUAUGCUUUUAGAUUAACCACAACUUUGUCUUUAUUAAAGUGACGUGGGAACUGGUGCCCACUCUCCAUCUGGCUGCGCUGUGUCCAAAUCAACACCUCAGAUCGCCAUCCGCCGGCCCGCGCGUUUCUAUUAAAACUUUUUCACAUGCAAGAGGAUUAUUCAAAGAUAUGUUUGUUACAAUCUUGUAAAAAAAGACGCUUCGACCUUUUUCGGCUACACAUCUGAGUAACCUUGCGCUUGUUAGUUUGUGCGUAAACGUGUUACGUGGCAAUCAUACAGCGACUGAGAGAGAGGGCUGUCAUCAUCAUCAUCAUCGUGAGAGAAACCUGCUGACGCAAAAACUUCAAGUUUACCUCUCACUCUUUUAAAUGGCACCCACUGCUGCAGGCUCACUACAACAUUUACGCACUCUGACCGUGUCCGUGCCACUCCACGCUGCUCUACUUUCACCCACGUUCAUGUUUCAUUUGAAGUAUCCUUUAGUUAAAAAAAAAAAGAAGCAGCGCCAUUAGCGUCAGAUAGCGAUACUUCCAACUACUUCCUGUUUUUUUAUUUAACAAAGUAAAAAUACAUGUCUGGUACAGCUGUUAUCCGUGUGUACUGUAUUUGAAAGAAAUCUCAAGAAAUGUAAGAAACCAAGAUACUUAUGAGAGAUGAUGAUUUUUUAAUGUGAAGAGAUUAUACUUCACUUUUGUUGUUCUUUUGUUGUGAAGGAGGUAGAGGCCACUUCCUAUUUUCAUUUUAUCUGACUGUCUUGAUAUGCUCCUCCUGAACCAUAUUUCCUUGUUUGGAUGAGUUUUAGAUGCAAAUCAUAAUUAAUGAUAUGACUAAAUAAAAAUACUAAUUGAUUAUAAUUCAUUUCAUAAGAAAAAAAAACCUAAAAUGUUAUCCAUAGUGUUUGAGAGUACAGUCUACACCAAAGUGCAUGAAAGUUCUUUUCUUCUGCGUAAUUUUUCACUCCCGAAAGUGAAUAUAGUCUGUCAUAAGAUUUAUUAGAAUUGUCUUCAGACCAAAAAAGAUCAUUUUAAAUUUGUUUUAUACAUCAAAUGAGGUCAAAAACCAUUUUAGCUAAGAUGACUAAUGAAGACAUAAUAGUAGUUCUGGGGUAAGUUGGUUCAGAUUGUUGAAAUGUGUUACUAUUUCUUUUCAAAAAUACAGCUGUGAAUGUUCUGAUUCACGUAAAGGCAUUCUCAUGUUAAAAUGUCUUUUUACAAAACAGCUUUUUAGCAGUUAUAUGCAAUAAUAAUUCAGCUGUUUUGUAUGAAAAGCCAUAAAAAAUCAGAUUGUUUAAAAAAACAUUACUCUUCAUUUACAGUCCCUCCAUUAACUUUUGUCACAGUUCAUCCCUUGAUGUUUGUGUCAUAUAUGAUUGAACAGUAAGGCUUAAUUCCCUUUUUUUCUCUACAGGUCACCUCAAAGUUUGCCGUGUUAUUCAUCACAGUCCAGUACAACGUCACCAUAUCAACAACCGGUGAGUUUGGACUAAACGAUGACGAUGAUCCUCUGUCAGUCUUAAACGUAUAAUAGGGUAUUAUCUAUGAGUCGUCUGACUGGGAGCCUCUCAUUUGGAUUCUGGAGCGGCACUUGUGUGGCCUAACACAAAACCCAUUUGAGAGCUCCAUUUUUUUUCCACUCUGUGGAGCUAAAUUUAGUCCUCCUGAUUUAUAAAGUUCUCUUGUGGCAAGGUUGUGCCGGCUGAAUUUGGGCUGAGGUGUAAUAUAGGCCUCUCAAUUCAAGUGGUGCUCAUUUCAAGGUUAACAUUUUCUUUGCCAGCUUCUAAUGCUGUGGAAAGAAAGUCUGACCUCGGUACCUGGUAAUACAGGCUGGAGGUUUCCACCCUGCCAACUGUGAUUCUGUCCUUAUCUGAGGGGCGUCAUUGCUUACCUUGCUCUGUCACUUAUUUACAGCAUGUAUCAAAUCAGGCAAAUAACAAACAGCAGCUGAAUCUCUUUGUAGUGAGACAGGCUCAAUAACAGGGUUACAUUUACUGUGCUGCUGCUGAUUUUUAUUAAUGAUUCCAGAUAAAAUGUACUUAUGGGCAGACAGAGGAGCUUUAUUUGAGUGCGUUAUUGCCAAUAACUCUGGUAUGUCUGAGUCAAACCUGUGAAUCACCUGUGUGAAUUCAAUUAAAAUGGCUCUGAAGCUCAUUUUACGCUUUAAAACCUGCAUGAACUAUGUACAUCAAACAUUUGGAGAGGAGAAAAGUCAUAUCCAGAUAAAUAUAAUCUUUUUGGUGGCUCUGUCUUACCCCAGAAGGUCCAGAGGAGACAGCUGUGAACCACUUCCACCAUGGCAUUAAAGACCUGGCCACUAUCUUCUUCUACAUGCUUGUCGCCAUCAUCAUGCACGCCAUCAUCCAGGAGUAUGUGCUGGAUGUAAGGAAAACAAACACCUGAAUGCACAAACUUCGAUCUUUGUGAAGGGAAAAACAGUUUUUAGUGUUUCUUGUUGUGCUUGUGUUGCAGAAAAUCAACAGGAAGAAACAUUUCUCCAAAACAAAACACAGCAAGUUCAACGAGUCGGGUCAACUCAGUGCUUUCUACUUAUUCUCCUUUGGCUGGGGCGCAAGCAUCCUUCUCUCUGUAUGUAUUCACGACUGAUUAAAUAAUCGUCUCAUCCAAAACUUUUCUGUAGCAUUUUAAAAUGUUUUUUUUUUGUGUGUGUUUGUUUGUUUCAGGAAAACUUUCUGUCCAAUCCUGUUACAUUGUGGGAGGGUUAUCCUCAUACACUGAUGCCGUGAGUUGAUUUUUAUUUGAUUCGUAGUGGUUUGAUAGAUGAGAAAACCUCUAACAUGUGUUUGAAUUUAUGUCUUUAAAGAGUAGCUUGAAUAUUCAAUUUUUAUUUUGCCACUCCAUCAGAUUCCAGAUGAAAUUCUACUUCAUCUGUCAGCUGGGUUACUGGUUGCACUCUCUCCCUGAGCUGUAUUUCCAAAAGACAAAGAAAGUAAGUGCGUGUUUGUGUGUGUAGUAAAACAUGGCGCUGCUUCUGUUUGCACCCUGAAGCUUUUUCCUGUUUGACUUCCUUGGUUGUAUUGAAUUGUUUCAAAGAUUCAUACACUCUGUCCCUGAUUUUGCAUGCAGAGCCAUGCUCUUGUAAAUAUUUUGGCCUCCCCUUCUUUGUGUUUACUGUUCAGGAGGAUAUUCCACGCCAGCUUGUGUACAUUUCCCUCUACCUGGUCCACAUCGCAGGCGCCUACAUUCUAAAGUAAGAACUAAGAAUGUAAUUAUAAAUGUAAGGAGAAGGUUAAUGGUGUCCCACUUUGCUGUUUCUGUCAGUUAUAGUAAAGGGGAGUUCUUCUCGUUCUUUUCAGUCUGAACCGUCUGGGUCUAGUCCUGCUCGUUCUGCACUACUUUGUUGAGCUCCUGUUCCACAUUUCUCGCCUCAUCUACUUCAGCAACGAGAACAGACAAACUGGGUGAGUAAGCAUGAGCAGAAUCAACAAUUAAACAACUGUUUUUUUUUACCUAUUAGAAAUCAAAAGCAAAUGAAGCAUCAUGGGUAAACCUCCUCUCAUCCGUUUUCCAGUUUCACCAUCUGGGCGGUCUUGUUUGUCCUUGGACGGUUGCUCACUCUGUCCCUGUCUGUCCUCACCGUGGGCUUCGGCCUCGCCAAUGCUGAGAAUCAAGGCUUCGACUGGGCUGCAGGAAACUUUAAUGUUCUCUUCAUUCGGUGAGAGCGUCAGCGAGGAAAAACAGGAUGACUUAAUCUUCAAAAUACUCUUUCAAAUUGGCUAAAAAAAAGAAAAAUCAGCAUGUAAAGUUUUGAAAAUCUGCCAUUUUUAUUAAGAUCAGGUAUACUGUAUAUUUCAGUUUAAGGGUUGUCAGAGUUGCCUGUUAUGAUGCAUACUUAAGUAGGCUGUUCAACUAAAAUUCCUUUUUAAACGAAUAACUGAACAUUUUGCACGACAACAGAGGUCAUUUCUGCAGCGGGUUGGUUACUAAGAAUAAAGGAAGAAAGCUCUUCGUUAGUAUAGCUUUGAUACAGGAAGGGCAGUUUUGCAGAAGAGGAAGAGAGAUUUUGAAAAUUUUACUCAAGGCAACCACAGUGCAGCGUCUCCAGAGCAAGAUCACAAGAGAUUAAUGAUUUUUUUUUUUUAAUGACAGCAAUUUUCUGUAGUUACCAAAAGGCAAAAUUAGUAUCUGAUUUUGAGCAGUAUGCAUUCACAUACAUACGUCUCUGCUAAUCUUUGUAGUAGUUACUGACUUUUUCCUCUCUCCAUCAGGAUAACUGUCCUGGCCGCCAUCUGCCUCACUCAGGCCUUCAUGAUGUGGAAAUUUAUUAACUUCCAGCUGCGCCGGUGGAGAGAGCACGCCCAGGCCCAGAGCUUGAAAAAGAAACAGGUUCCCUCCAAGAGCAAAUCAAAGAAAGACAAAGGUAAAUAUGAAUGUAACAGAGUUAAUACUACAAAGUGAAAAUGCAAAUAAUAUUCUAGAUGAGUACAUUCUGAAUAACUUUUAUGUUUUUGUUUUUUUUUUUUUCAGCCAAUGGAGUAAAUGGAGUAAAUUCCCAUGGGGCUGAUUCACCCAGAGCAAGGAAAGAGAAGUCAUCAUAAAUACAUUCAUCCUUUUCAGCCCCCUCCCCAAAUAUCCAACUCCCCAGGUGCCUAUGUGGCAGCAUCCACCCUCCUGCGCCUCCACCUUCAUUAUAUGCAUUUCAUGCUCCCCACACAGAACUGACUGACCUCCUCCCAGCUGGACUUCAAGGCCCAGAAUGCGUUUAGCUUUACUUGUUGCCACAUGUCCAGCACGCCUUGAUUUAAGAAUCAUUGCUCUGCUGUGCCAUUUUUCCAAACUAAUUCAGAAAUAAACUAUAAAAAAAAGACCUUAUUUAAGAAGUGCCUAUUGAUACGGAUUGUUUUGUACAGGGUGUGUAAUUUUAAAAAUUCAGGAAUGAUGACAUCAGUGUUUAAUAUUUCUCCCGAGUCAGGUCAUUCAUGCUAGUGUGUAUUCCUACUUGUGUUUUAUUUUCCUUUUUUCUCUUAUAUUUGUAUCUGCUUGCCUAUUUCUUGCAUCUGACUUCCUCUGAGUGACGUUUGGGGACAUUUAUAGAAUAUACGAAUUUCCAUAUCCCUUGAAUUACCAUAAGUGGCAUAAAGGCUAUUUAUGAUCCCCAUCUUCAGGAGAUAGCUGAGUUCACACCCCAGACUGUUAGACAAAUCAUGCAGCAGGAGUUCUAUGAUCACACAUGAAUUAUAUAGAAAAAAAAAGUGUAUGAAAGCAAUCAAGUACAAACAGGAGACAUCUCACUGUAAUGAUACGUGCCCUGUCACACUAAAGUAUUCUGCAAAACUGCCCCAUAACCAGAUGUAGCAUUUCAUUGUUGGAGUUCAGGGCAGCUCUUAAAAUCUCAAAGGAGCAUUUUCCUUACAGUGGAAUUAUACAUAAUUUACUGCAAUUCUGCCUAAAACACGGUUAACAAGGAUGAAACCUAGCAAAAACGCAUCAUUUCAUGGGUUUGACUGUCUUGUGUGAUUCCUCAUUGUUUCUUUUCAAAGUAAGAUUGCAUCACUGUUGUUGUGAAGCGUGACAUAUUUCUGCUCACCUUAAAGUGUCCACAGAAAUGAUCUGAUGUUAAAACACGGACUGAACAUGAAAAUUUUGUUUGGCCGUUUUCCUCCCGACCCACUGUGGACUGUGCCAAAUGAGCCUGAUUGACUGUUGAUGUAUGCCUUUUACUUACAUGCCAUAAAAUGAAUUUACAAAGCU